AUGUGUUCUGAUGGUGUUCAUCAUGUGUUCGACAACGUCGAUAUUGCUGACAUUGCUUAUCAAUGUGGAGUACAAGUUCCUGUUUACGUGGACCAUUUUGGUACUACUGUGCACGUAAGUAAGGCAAAUGAAAAUGAAAAUGAGGAUAAUUGUUCUGUGAAGUCAAACAUGUCAAUCGAAGGGGAAGAAGGUAUUGACCUAAUUGACUUCGUGAGUCCACAAGAAAGCAACAUGAAAGGAGUAACCUACGAAGGAGUAAGUCAGAAAAUGAAAUGA